AUGGAUGGACCAUAUUGUGGUUCAUGGUGUGUUCGCCAGUCGGUGAAUGACACUGCUGGACAGAACUCAAUGAAUAACAAUAAUACUAAUAAAAGAUGUGAUGCAACGCGUGCACCCAGCAACGUGGAAUGGAGUCAUGAUGAAAAAUGUCUAUAUGAAGUGUUAGCUCCACUGUUUAUCCCUUACGGAGAUCCAUCGUACAAUUUAUACAACUGGUGCUGUAGAUUGUCGAAAUUACUUGGAACGAAAAAGUGUUGUGAUGUGGUGAUGGCGAACGGUGAUCAUCGAAUCGGUAUAUUUGCCAAGCGUGCUAUUCUCCCGGGGGAAGAACUAUUCUUUGACUAUCGUUAUGGUCCAAUGGAACAGUUGAAAUAUGUUGGGAUUGAAAGAGGCGAUAAGGACAAUAGUCGGAAAACUGGUACUGCUAGCGGUAGUAAUAGUGGUGGUGGUGGUGGUGGUGGGAAGGUGAGAAAUGCUUUACGCCCAUUGAAUGAAUCUAAAAUGGAUGGACCAUAUUGUGGUUCAUGGUGUGUUCGCCAGUCGGUGAAUGACACUGCUGGACAGAACUCAAUGAAUAACAAUAAUACUAAUAAAAGAUGUGAUGCAACGCGUGCACCCAGCAACGUGGAAUGGAGUCAUGAUGAAAAAUGUCUAUAUGAAGUGUUAGCUCCACUGUUUAUCCCUUACGGAGAUCCAUCGUACAAUUUAUACAACUGGUGCUGUAGAUUGUCGAAAUUACUUGGAACGAAAAAGUGUUGUGAUGUGUUGGCAUAUACAAAUACACAGGAUCUUCCAACUCUUCUAAAGCCAGAUUCUGGUCAAUUGAGUACGUUGCGUGUACCGGGUACCGGUGAAGAAUGGAGUCAACGAUCGGCUAGUACAGCAUCGUUGGAUGGUUAUGAUUGUGCAGAAUCAGCAGGAUCAUGCAAUGGAAGUGUACAAGGGAAUGGAGAGUUUUGUGAUGAAGCGUUGUUGGUGGGGAAUGAAUCAAGUAGUUGUAAUGGUGUACCAACAACAACAACAACAUAUCGUCGUAAACGAGCCAAGAAACAGGCUAGAAGAAGGAUGGUAUUGAAGUUACCAACUCCUCGUGAAGACGAGGAUGAGAAUUCACAAACGAGUGCUUCUCAACAUCAUGGUAAUAGUGUUCUACCGGUUGGACCUUCGGCACAUCAUUAUCACCCGUGUGAUCAUCCCGGUCAACGAUGUGAUGAGUCGUGUUUGUGUAAAAAGGCUGGAACAUUCUGUGAAAAAUUUUGUCAAUGUCCGCCUGAUUGUAGGAAUAGGUUUCCAGGAUGUCGUUGCCGUGGACACUGUAAUACGAAACUAUGUCCUUGCUUUUUGGCCUUUAGAGAAUGUGAUCCCGACAUAUGCGUGUCGUGUGGAGCACAGUCUUCUUUUGGAACAUUCUCUUCAAUGACGGAUUUAUUGAAUGCGUUAACGAUUAGUUCACCACGUGUUACCGGUACAUGUCGAAAUGUGGCGUUACAAAGAGGCUGGCGGAAGCAUCUGUUGAUGGCGCCAUCUGAUGUGUCUGGUUGGGGCAUAUUCAUCAAAGACGGUGCCGAGAAGAAUGAGUUCAUCUACGAAUAUUGUGGUGAGAUUAUUAGCCAGGAUGAAGCAGAUCGGCGUGGAAAAAUUUAUGAUAAAACAAUGAGCAGUUUCUUGUUCAAUCUUAAUCGGGAGUUUGUUGUGGAUGCUACUCGAAAGGGUAAUAAAAUUCGAUUCGCCAAUCAUUCGGUUAAUCCAAAUUGUUAUGCAAGGGUGGUGAUGGCGAACGGUGAUCAUCGGAUCGGUAUAUUUGCCAAGCGUGCUAUUCUCCCGGGGGAAGAACUAUUCUUCGACUAUCGUUAUGGUCCAAUGGAACAGUUGAAAUAUGUUGGGAUUGAGAGAGGCGAUAAGGACAAUAGUCGGAAAACUGGUACUGCUAGCGGUAGUAAUAGUGGUGGUGGUGGUGGUGGGAAGGUGAGAAAUGCUUUACGCCCAUUGAAUGAAUCUAAAAUGGAUGGACCAUAUUGUGGUUCAUGGUGUGUUCGCCAGUCGGUGAAUGACACUGCUGGACAGAACUCAAUGAAUAACAAUAAUACUAAUAAAAGAUGUGAUGCAACGCGUGCACCCAGCAACGUGGAAUGGAGUCAUGAUGAAAAAUGUCUAUAUGAAGUGUUGGCUCCACUGUUUAUCCCUUACGGAGAUCCAUCGUACAAUUUAUACAACUGGUGCUGUAGAUUGUCGAAAUUACUUGGAACGAAAAAGUGUUGUGAUGUGAGUUUAUUGAUGCUUCAGUGUUUUCUGUUAAAUGUGUGUGAUCAUUUUCGAAUAGGCUUUUUCGAUUCUUCUUGUAAAGUGUUGGCAUAUACAAAUACACAGGAUCUUCCAACUCUUCUAAAGCCAGAUUCUGGUCAAUUGAGUACGUUGCGUGUACCGGGUACCGGUGAAGAAUGGAGUCAACGAUCGGCUAGUACAGCAUCGUUGGAUGGUUAUGAUUGUGCAGAAUCAGCAGGAUCAUGCAAUGGAAGUGUACAAGGGAAUGGAGAGUUUUGUGAUGAAGCGUUGUUGGUGGGGAAUGAAUCAAGUAGUUGUAAUGGUGUAACAACAACAACAACAUAUCGUCGUAAACGAGCCAAGAAACAGGCUAGAAGAAGGAUGGUAUUGAAGUUACCAACUCCUCGUGAAGACGAGGAUGAGAAUUCACAAACGAGUGCUUCUCAACAUCAUGGUAAUAGUGUUCUACCGGUUGGACCUUCGGCACAUCAUUAUCACCCGUGUGAUCAUCCCGGUCAACGAUGUGAUGAGUCGUGUUUGUGUAAAAAGGCUGGAACAUUCUGUGAAAAAUUUUGUCAAUGUCCGCCUGAUUGUAGGAAUAGGUUUCCAGGAUGUCGUUGCCGUGGACACUGUAAUACGAAACUAUGUCCUUGCUUUUUGGCCUUUAGAGAAUGUGAUCCCGACAUAUGCGUGUCGUGUGGAGCACAGUCUUCUUUUGGAACAUUCUCUUCAAUGACGGAUUUAUUGAAUGCGUUAACGAUUAGUUCACCACGUGUUACUGGUACAUGUCGAAAUGUGGCGUUACAAAGAGGCUGGCGGAAGCAUCUGUUGAUGGCGCCAUCUGAUGUGUCUGGUUGGGGCAUAUUCAUCAAAGACGGUGCCGAGAAGAAUGAGUUCAUCUACGAAUAUUGUGGUGAGAUUAUUAGCCAGGAUGAAGCAGAUCGGCGUGGAAAAAUUUAUGAUAAAACAAUGAGCAGUUUCUUGUUCAAUCUUAAUCGGGAGUUUGUUGUGGAUGCUACUCGAAAGGGUAAUAAAAUUCGAUUCGCCAAUCAUUCGGUUAAUCCAAAUUGUUAUGCAAGGGUGGUGAUGGCGAACGGUGAUCAUCGGAUCGGUAUAUUUGCCAAGCGUGCUAUUCUCCCAGGGGAAGAACUAUUCUUCGACUAUCGUUAUGGUCCAAUGGAACAGUUGAAAUAUGUUGGGAUUGAGAGAGGCGAUAAGGACAAUAGUCGUAAAACUGGUACUGCUAGCGGUAGUAAUAGUGGUGGUGGUGGUGGUGGGAAGGUGAGAAAUGCUUUACGCCCAUUGAAUGAAUCUAGUGAGUUUCCUGCAUUGCGAUGA